GGCGUGCGGUAUAGGCGCCAUGGGCGGGGCUGCGUCGGGGGGCGGGGCCAGGCUUGGGCCCAGUCCCCGAAGGCCAGAAAGGUGAAGUUCCGCGUAGUGAGCCAACCUCUGUCCUUGGCACUGCGGACCCAACAGCCAAGGGGCGCGCGUUCGGAAGCUACCAGCCAGCCGGAAGCAAAACAGGUCAUGGCGGCUGUGGUGCUGCGAUCUAGGGUGCAGGCUUUGCGUACUCUAAGCCGGCUUUCUUGGCUGACCCAGAUCAGAGACACCCACCAGAGAGCUUCAUUGUUGUCUUUCUGGGAACUCAUUCCCAUGAGAGCAGAACCUCUACGAAAGAAGAAGAAGGUAGAUCCCAAAAAAGAUCAAGCAGCAAAGGACCGCUUGAAAAAGAGGAUCCGAAAACUGGAAAAGGCUAGCCAAGAGCUGAUUCCCAUUGAAGAUUUCAUUACCCCUUUGAGGUUCUUGGAUAAAUCAAGACAGCGUACUCAGAUGGAGCUUCCCUUUGAGGAAAGUGAGCGGAGAGCUCUGCUUCUGAAGAAGUGGUCCCUAUACAAGCAGCAAGAGCACCAGAUGGAGAGGAAUGCCAUCAGAGCUAUGCUACAGGCCCAGCAAGAAGCUCUACAGGAAUUGAAACUUGAGUCCCUGGAGUUGUACACCGAGGCAAUCAAGCGAAACGCCAGCCUGUUCCCCUUUGAGAGGGAAGGGCCAAAUUAUACACCACCAAUCUUUAACUACCAGCCCCCUGAAGGCAGGUACAAUGACAUCACCAAGGUGUAUACACAGGUAGAAUUCAAAAGGUAGAGCUCAAGGCGCUGUCCUUAGAACAUGCUGCCCCUAAGAGUCAGAGUAAUGAGGGCUGGUAUCUCCUUUCCACAAGAUUGGACAUGCUGUUAAUAAAUAAAAGUUUGAUAACAAG